GGUAGGUACCUGCUCAAAUUGAUUUUUUUAUUUUCAGCUUGCUUCGCUUGAAAUGACACGACUACGGUGAUAUAAAAGUAACAAUAUUUUUAAUCAUGGCUGUCGAAAAUGAUGAGAAAAGUAGAAGAAAUGUCUGGUUGCUCGUAUCUAUUAUCGCUGGGACACUGGGCGCUGUUUCAGAUGGAAUGCAUUUUGGUUUUUCCUCUGUUAUAUUUCAACCAUAUAAUGAACUUUUACAUAAUCAAAAUAUAAGCAACGCGUCGCAAGAUCAACAAAAUGAAACAUUUUUUCUCAAAGAUGUAUCCGAUCAAAUGCUAUUCAAAACCUUUUAUAUGUUAGGAGCAAUGGCAGGCUGUUUCAUCAGCGUGCCCUUUUUAAAUGGUGGACCAAAAAUAACUACUAAAGCUGCUUCUGUAGUAUCCUUAAUAUCCUGGAUUCUCUUAGCUGCAACGACUUCAUUAUCUACUAUAUUUGUAGCUAGAGUUUUAGCAGGAAUAUCAAUAACGCUAACAUUAUCGACAUCAACAACAUACAUUUCUGAAAUUACUAACCAAAAAUUAGCUGAAUCUUUGAAAGGUGUAGUUUACUACGCUUUGCUCCUAGGAAUUCUAUUUAUUUAUCUUCUAAGUCCGGCGUUCUCCUACAUAGUAUCUCCUAUAAUAGGAGCUAUAAUAAUGUUAUUGCAACUAGUAAUAUCGUUUUUAAUGAUAGAAUCACCGUACUACCUUAUCUCAAGGAAUAAAAUAACUGAAGCUAGGGUCAAUCUAAUGAAGCUUAGAAGCGUUGUUUCGAUAGAAGAGGAAUUAGAAACCAUACAAGUCAAGAUUUUAAAAGAAAAUCGAGAAAAACGAGAUCAAAGACUGUUUAAUACGAAUGCUAAUAGACAUGCUAGUAUCAAAAUAAUUGUUACUAGUUUUAUACAACAAUUUGCUGGUAUUACAGUACUGAUUAUGAGCUUACAUGAAAUACUACAUGAAGCUUAUAUACCAGUUGUACAUUCUGCAACAACUGGAAUUGGAUUUAUUGCAUGUAUAGGAUUAUCUGGAAUAUUAAGCGAACUGAAAAUUGUAAAAAGAAAUUCAAGGAAUGAAUAUUUUUCGUGCUUUUUAAGUACAGCAUCCUUAUUAUCUCUAGCAAUUUAUUUUACUUUAAACAAAAAUGGUUCUGUUGGUCAUCAUAUAUCUUGGUUACCAAUAGCAGCUACAGUUAUAUACGCAAUUGCGUUUAGGUUCGACAAAGGGUAUUUUCCCAAUGUUAUAGUGGAUAAAUUUUAUCCAGAUGCACUUAAAUCUGUGGGAUUAAAAUUAUCAAUCUUUGUACAUGUAUUAGCAGCUUGGAUAACUAUAGAAUUCUAUCAAAUAUUAAAAUUUUAUGGAAAAAUAGAUGUAUCGUUAUAUGUUUUUGCGGUUUUGAAUUUGGUUAGCACCGUUGUUAUAAAAACAUGGAUUACUUUAACAGAAGAAGACACAUCUGUGAAGAAUGGUUGUGAUAGAGAAGAACAUGAAGGUAGUGGACUGAUUGGAAACCAUCAAGUGAACAUCAGUACUGUUAAAGAAAAUUCUGCUACCGCAAUGACGAUUGGAAAAGGAUCUGAUAGUAUAUUUAAGGGUACUUUUCCCCAACUAGUGGCUGUGCUAGCAGGCACUUUAACGGCAAUUAGUGAUGGAAUGCAAUACGGAUGGACUGCUCCAGUAUUGCCAAUACUUUUAGGUCCAGAUUCUCCAGUUAAAGUCAAUAAACAACAAGGAGAAUGGCUGGAAAACCUUCUUAUGAUUGGAUCGUUCUCUGGACUAUCAAUCACAAUGUACUUAGUAGAUAAAAUAGGUAGAAAAAGAUCGAUAUUGUUAGCAUCGUUUGUAACAGUUUGUAUUUGGAUUCUUACCGCUCUAGCUCCAAGUGUUGAGUAUAUCUAUGUAGCCAGAGCGUUUGCAGGCUCAGCUGGUAAUAUGGCUUUUGUAGCCACACCCAUGUAUAUAGCAGAGAUUGCAGAACAAAAAAUCAGGGGAUUUCUUAGCAGUUUGAUAUAUUUAAUGAUGUUAUUUGGAAUACUUCUAAUAUACUCAGUGGCGCCUUAUAUUCCAUUCUAUGCACACUGUGUAAUAGGAGGAUUGCUAGCUUUCACAGAGCUUUGUAUAUUCCCGUUCAUGCCAGAAAGUCCUUACUAUUUGCUCUACAAAAAUCAACCUGAAGAGGCUGAAAAGUCGUUAAGACGACUCAGAGCACCAGGUGUAAAUAUAGAGAAAGAACUUGAAGAUAUCAAAGCGGCUGUAGCAAGACAAAAACAAGAAAGAGGGAAACUUCAAGAUCUUAUUUUAGUUCCUAGUAAUCGUAAAGCUAUGAUUAUUAUGGCUAUUUUAAAUGGUGCUCAACAUUUUAGUAGUAUUAGUGUACUUCUAAUGAAUACUCACAGCAUUUUAGAAGCAGGUGGUUCCAUAUACGUUCCACCGGAUAUAGCAGCUAUUCUUUUUGCUGUUCUGAUGGUAACUGCUGCAAGUAUUGCAUCUUUUACAAUAGAUAAAUUUGGUAGAAGGACACUCUUGAUCUCAUCUAGUUUAGCGACAGGGCUGUGUUUGAUGGUGCUUGCAAUAUAUUUUAGUUUAAAAAAUUCUGGCUAUAAUACAGCGCCUGUAAGUUGGAUUCCUGUUGUUUGCAUAAUGUCGUACGCACUUGUUUUUAAAUUAGGUUUAGGAAUGGUUCCUAUAGUGUUAACUGCCGAAUUGUUUCCUACGAAAAUGAAAGCUUAUGGUAUGACUUUAGCAGAUGGGAUGUAUGUUAUUGCUUCUUUGUUGUCGUUACAAGUUUAUCAGAGGCUGUAUGAUAAUUUUGGACUAGAAUAUCCCUUCUAUGUGUUUUCUAUCUCUUGUUAUAUAGCUGCUGUUUUUACUUACUUCUUUAUUCCAGAAACAAAGGGUAGAACUUUAGAGGAGAUACAGAUGAUAUUGAAAGGUAAAAAUGUUGAAGAUGCUGGCAAAUCGAUAGAUGUUUGAUUAAAAAUUACUGACUAUAAAUGAAUCUCUAUUAUUUAUUUAUUAAUUUACUUAGAUAAAUGGAAUUUUAUUUAUUUGAAAAUUUUUUUGAAUUGGUAGUCUAAUUCUGAAAGACAAUAGGAAUUUUAUUUUGUUUGAAAUGUUUUCUGAUCAGGUUUCCUUAUUUAGAUUUAGAUUUUAUGAGUUGAAUUGGUGCACAUCCAGUAAAUAAUAUUUCAACUCGAUAGUAUUCUGAUUCUGAAAGUUUCAGUUUAGGAAGGGAAUUUGAAUUUUAUUUAUUUAAAAUGUUUUAUGAUCAGGUUUCUGUAGCUGGAUUGGUACCUUGAUCCCGUAUAUAACAUUCCAAAUAAUAACUAAUUUAUUUUUAGUACAAUUCAUGACAAUGAGAUAUUUUAUAAUUUUGAUUUACAACUGUUUGAUAUCUGAAUACGUUUCUGCCUAAUUUUCAUGCUACUUAAAAAGAUUUUUAAAGAAAUUUUAUGCCAGAACGAUCCAUCCCACUUUGUCCAAAGUACUUUGCUUACUGUUCCGGAAUGAGCUAUUCGAAUUUUUAAAUGUACGCGUUGAAAUUGCACGUUUGUCCAAUAUCUACGAAAUAGCCCGAUUGGGCAUAGAAAAUGCUAUCUACUACAUACUACGCCUGAAGAGAAAUUGCUCCGUCAUUUGAAGGUAAAACGUGCAAUCGUUUCUAUCAAUUUAUUAUUCUGCAAGCUUAUGAUCGUCAUCUCUAUCAAUGCUUUACAUUUUAUACUACACUAUAUUAAAAGAAAGUGAGGGUGGAGUUGUGGCAUUAUUUCUUGAAAGAUAUUUACGCUUUUGUGAGUUACAUUGAUCUUUGACUAAAGUUAAAGGGCCAACUAGGCAUAACGAAAGCACACAUAACAGGUGUAAAACAAAGAUAUUUUUACUUAUAUGUUAUUGUACGUGGUAAGUUUAAUUACAAACCAAUCAUACCGAGUCCUUAUAAUCAAUGCAUUUCUCAUAUUUACUGAUGGUGUAAAGAGGUUUUUGAAGAUUUGAGAACAAGCCUGAAAGGGUGCUUAGCCUGAAUUAGCACAUCAAAUUGCCGUCUGCGAAUCUCAUUAAUCAAUGUCGUCAUAGUUUAGCGGUAAGGGCAUUUGUGUAUAGAAUAAAGAUGUCUGGGUUCGAAUCCCACGAGCGACAGGUUUUUUUCCAAUCUGUAAGUAUAUUAUUUCACCUUUGGGGUUUAUUUCCGAAUUUUUAAAUUAUUUCAAAUAAUUCUGACCUUUCGGAUUUCGACCAUAUUAAAUUCACAAUUUUAAUUACAUUUAUAAAAAAACUUGAUAAAAGUACACCAACCUUAUGUGUAUUUUUAGACUUAUCCAAGGCUUUAGAUACUAUCGAUCCUAAAAUAUUGAGGUACUAAUGGACCUUGGUUUCAGAGUAAAUGUAAUAUAUUAAAAUCUUACUUACCCAACAGCGUACAAUAUGUCAAAAUUGAAGAUACGCUAAAUGAUCCAUGUAUUUGUAACAUGGUGAUCCACAAGUAACAGUACUGGGGCCCAUUCUAUUGUCCAUAUAUAUAUUAAUACUUUUAGACAUGGUACAAUUAUUUAACGUAUGCUACUUUGUUUUUCAAGAAAUUAAUGAUGCAAUACACGAUUUAACAAUUUGCAUAAAAUUUAGAUGUGUAAAUAUGUGAAUUUUUUGGAAAAUAAUAAUUUACAAAUUUUGAAAUUAAAAUAAGGGGAGAGGAGGUAUAUUGGGACACUACAAAUUUAAUUAACUGUUUAUAGCUUGGCUUUCAAUAUAUUGAUCACAUGAAUGUACUUUUUUUAGUUUUUAUUUUGUUUGGCAUUCUAUUCUUGAACGGAUUUUUUAUUUAGAUUUUGAUGUACUUAUUUAGGAUAUAAUGCAAAUUUAAUUUUUCUUAGCCCAUUUGUCAGAAUUAAUAUGAACCAUAAAAAAUGCAUUUUGGUAUAAGGAAUGCCAAACAAAUUAAAAAAUUAUGAAAUUAAUUAGAUAGUUAAAUUGGUGGGUAAAAUAUACGGGGUAUUCCAUUUGAAAAAACUGAGAAAAUCGCAAUCUCGCGUUUUGACACACCCUAUAUACAACAUAGCAAAUUAAUGAAAAUGCAAAACAUUUUUAAUAACCUUAUACCUAUUGAAAUUGUUUGACGGUGUUAAAACAAUCAAAUCUGUUAAACAUUAUAAGUUUGGUCUGCCCCUUAUUUAUGGGCUAUUCUAUAUUUUUAAGAAUAAUUGUAAAAUAUGGUCUUACAACCUUUGUAUUAAAAAUGUAUUUGUAUCUAUAAUAAUAAAACAACUAUCGAUCAAUUACACACUGCUGAGACACCCUGUAUAUGUAUAAUAGGCUAACGUGAUGGUAUCGUACUAAAAUUAUAUACACGGAGCUGAAUUUGAUAAAAUUUAGUAAAUUGAACUUGCUAUGUGUGAGAUGAUUCAAAACACUCUGUUCUAUCAUCUCUAUACGGUAUUUUGGAAUUUUAUAAGUCUGUAUUUUAAAUAAUUUAGAAAUUAUUGAUAUGCUAUCUAAAUUCUGAUAAUUUUACUGGGGGUCUGCUUCAUUUAAAAAAAUUAAUUGCUAGGCAACCUUGUAAUACUUUUAAAAAAUAUUCUAGGGCUCAAUACAGUAAUAACAUACUAUUGCAAAAUUUAAAUUAAAUCUUAUUUAAAAAAAUAUGUACUUUUACUUUCCAGGCAAAAGUAUAAAUAUUUUUAAAUUAUGUGUUUUCCAAAUCCAUAUAGCUUUUAUUUAACACUUGUUUACGUGCCUAUACCACAAAUUUGGAGGAAUUAAAACCUAGUGAAGCCUUGCUAUAUUAAAUUCACAAUCACAGUACCAAACCCAAAUUCAUAAUGCAAUAAUUAAAGAACCAUUUUAUAUGCCGACUGGAUUAUAAAGGCAAUUCACUGCAUGGCAACUUGUCUACAUUCUUUGCAGCAUACAUUUUCAAACGUCGUUACAGGAAAAGAACUAUCAUGACGUUAAUAAACGUCAUGGGCAGUGAAAGUGUUAGUAUAUUAAACACCGAAAAGUAUGUGAAUUUUUUUAUCGCGCAUAUUUACUCAAUACUUUCACAUAGUUUAAUUGCAUACAAAAAAUACAUGUUCCGAGUAAUUAUAAAAAAUAUAUAUUUUUAAAAAAUUAACGCAACGCAUGUGCAUGCCGCCAUUGUAUGCAAAUUAGCUUUCCGUGGUCUAUUUAACAACAAAAAUAAUGCUGUAAAAAAACAUACGUUUAAUAAUUGUUCCUAAAUAUCUCUUCUUUUUUACAUGUUUAAUUAACAAUUUCGUGACUUUGUCCAAAAUCUGUCAUUGCCGGAUAGUCUAUAAAGCAGAGCAUUCAUUGUUUGGGCAACACAAAUAUUGUAUGACUUACAAAAAGGCACUUUUUAAAACGCAUAUUUUAAAUGAAUUAAAUGAUAGUAAGUAUUUAAUUUCAAAGAGUAUUUUGAUUAAAUAUGGGUUGUGAUUCAACAUACCUCGUACAAUGGCAAUUACGAUGUAAUUACUAUUUUAAUUUGUAUGCAUAUUAUAAAUGCGAAAAUGUGAUAAUAAAGAAAUAUGGAUAAUAUUUUUUUAAGGCAGUUUUAUUUUAUAUAACUUUAAAUCAUUAGGAACC